AGCGGACUUCUCACCGGGUUAGCGAUCGCGGAAGCCGGACACAAACUCACAUCCGAUCCGGGCAAAUCGUGCUACGAAAGACCAACCACGAAACUACACUUGGGAUCAGCCGGUGGUUAUGCGCCAGCAUUGUGAAACUAUAUAAGCUCUUGAAGCCACGCAUAUACUCAUUACCAAACACAGCGAUGUCUCAAUUCAAAGUCGCAAUCUACCUUUACCAAGAUGCCGACCUCCUGGAUUUCUCCGGCCCGGCCGAGAUCUACUGCCACUACCACGACAUGGAAAUGGACAUGAGUAAACCAGCUCCUUUCUCAGUAACUUCCUUCGCCCAUCAGAGCCCCGUCACAUCCAUUUCCAAAGCUAUGGUCUACUUGCCAAACGCCACUUUCGCCGAGAUGUCCGGCCGCAUUGAAGAGUAUGACAUCCUAGUCAUUCCCGGUGCGCACGACAAUACCAUCAAGCAACUCAUGAGCACCAAAGAGGGAAAAGAGUUGGCUGAGCUUAUCCAAAGAUUCUCGAACACGAAGCCAAGGAAAGAGACAGGCAAGAGGUUCCUACAAUCAGUAUGCACUGGAGGUCUUAUCCUGGCGGCUUCUGGGGUACUUGCAGGCCGUACUGUCACAACGCAUCAUCUGUCUCUCGAAAUGCAGAAGCAGCUCGCUGAUGAAGCGGCGGGCGGUGAUUCGAAAGUCAACGUUGUGAGGCAACGAUGGUCGGACGCUGGAACUACCGACGCGGGUUGCCGCAUUGUAACUGCUGGCGGGGUCAGCUCGGGUAUCGACACUUCGCUAUGGGUUGUGGGACAGUGUUACGGAUCGAAGGCGGCGGAGAUCGUUUCUGAAGUCUCCGAGUUUGACAUGAGGCCAGCAGCGUGGGGAGUAACUCCAUCAUAGAUGGCUUUGGGGCAAAACAUGUCACGAGCGAAAUCUCAUUGUACUUGAUGAAGUAGUAGAAAAUGUACGUAAAACUCACUUGCAAUAGAGAGCGAGAAGACAAACUCGAAGUGAUUUAGCAUGACUUG